GUAACCGGAGAAAAAGACACUCGCGUGCGUGCGCAUGAAGGUCUCGCGCCUGCUCACGGCUCCGUCGUCGCUCGCGCUUUUAACAUUAUUGUAGGCUGCACUUUAUUAUUUUGGAAAUGCUUGGUCAGUCACAGCAUACACUUCAACUCAGCAGCUUCUUAGUCUUCUUCCUCUUCUAAUAUGUCCACUUCCGGCUGCCGGUCGCUAGUGUGAACCUGAGGAACACCGAGCUCACGCGCAUUCGUUUUCCUUCAGGACGCUGUGAAGAUGUUUGACGCGCGCGGGAUUCCCUUCAUCGCGCUGGACAUCGCCUGUCUGAUCCUCGCUGGCCUUCCUCUGGCGGCCUUUAACCUGGGUAAACUCAAGCCCUUUCAGAGGGGCUUUUUCUGUAACGACGAGAGCAUCGGUUACCCGUUUCACUCCAGCACCAUCACCUCCACUGUGCUCUACACGGUGGGCUUCACACUGCCCAUCUGUAGUAUGGUCAUUGGAGAGUGCGUUUCAGUGUAUCUAAAACGUAUCAAAUCAAAGUCCUCUUUCAGCAACAGCUAUGUUGCCUGUGUCUAUAAAGCAAUCGGCACCUUCCUGUUCGGUGCUGCCAUGAGCCAGUCCCUCACCGACAUCGGCAAGUACUCAAUCGGCCGGCUGCGACCUCACUUCCUGUAUGUGUGUCAGCCUGACUGGAAGUUGAUCAACUGCUCGGGUGGAGCUUACAUCGAGAACUUCUCCUGCACUGGGGACCAGAGGAUGGUCAAUGAAGCCAGGCUGUCCUUUUACUCCGGCCACUCCUCAUUCUCCAUGUACUGUAUGCUGUUCCUGGCACUUUAUCUGCAGGCUCGAAUGAAGGAUGAAUGGGCUCGUCUCCUGCGACCCACAAUCCAGUUCUUCCUGAUUGCUGCAUCUGUAUAUACAGGACUGUCCCGUGUCUCUGACUAUAAACACCACUGGAGUGACGUCCUCACGGGCCUCCUACAGGGAGCGAUCAUGGCCUUACUGGUGGUCUUCUUCGUGUCUGAUUUCUUCAAGAAGCCGGCGGCCCCGGAAAAAGAUGAUGAGAUGCUGCGCACCACUCUGCAGGAGACGCCGACUAACGGAAACCACUACGACGUCCCUAACUGAAGCUGGAAGGAGCCCUCGUUCUGCGUCUCACUGUUCCGAGAGCACGGUCUGUCAGCACGCACCGACUGUGAGGAAGGACCACUGGGGUGGAAACCUGUGAAUGUAACCCCCGCUUUCCCCCUCUGCUAUGCCCAGACUCUGUGGCCCAUGAUGCCUUUGGGCUGCUGCUUUCCUGUGUAUGAUGCUAACAGAUUUGCUCCUCAAGCAAAGUUUUAUUUUUUUUUGUUUUUUUAAAAGAAUAAAGAAAAAUAAGUCGCUAUACACUUUUUUAAUUAAAAUUAUGUUAAAACACUAUGUACAAAAAAAAACGCAUUGUGCUGUAUGAAGGCAAAAGAAAGAAGAACGUUAAUAAACAUAUUCCGUCA